ACGUAAAAUUAACUGGACGUAAGUAGUUAUCUUACCAAUGCUUAAGUUUCAUCGUUUAUCAUAAUAUGAGUCUUACUUAUCCUUGUUUGGGGGCCGUGUUGAUGAGGCAUGAUUGAUAACCCAUCCAAACCACAGGGAUUGCUUUAAAUAUCACAAUGGCGGCGUUGUACAUAUGUACGUUGUUGUGAAGCAAACGAUGAUAACUUUGUGUUUUCGCAUCUUUUCGAUAACCUAUAAAUCUCACCACGUUGCAAUCUUUCUACUCGAUUACAUACUCGUAUUCAAAAAAUGGUACAAAGUUAUAAUUAAUGCAUAUAAAAUAUUUAUAAAAGGGUUGCAGUGUCAGUGUCAAUAAUUAUUAGGUGCAAUUAAUUUUGUAUAUCACGUUCAUGUCAAACAUGAAAAAACCACUGUUGAGCAAAGCACAUUUGCAAAACAUUGUAACUCAACCAACUCAUAAACCGGAAACCAAACCACGACAAGAAAUACUGAAAUUGUUGAGAAGUGGGGAGCUUCAAAAUUUAAACGUUCGAGACGAAGAAUUUGGGAUGACUCCGUUACACUUAAUCACCAUUUUGGAUAACGACGAAGGGGCAAGUUUAGCAAGGCACAUUCUUUUCGCUUAUCCUUCCGAAGAUCUCCAAAACUUGAUAAAUAUACCCGAUAAAACCAUGAAAUACACUCCACUGCACCAUGCUGCUUACAAGGCGCGAUGGAAAUUGGUCCCAAUUUUCAUGAAAUAUCCAGGACUUAAUCUAACCCCGAGAGAUAUUCAUGGCAACACGCCCCUUCAUUUGGCAGUUUUUGGACAAUUCAGCAACAACAAUAACUGUCAGUGCGUCCACGAAUUUGUCACCCACGCGGAAAAUAAGGACCUCGUGAAUCGUGCCAACAAUAACUUCCUAACCCCGUUCCAUAUCGCGAUAGCGUGUGAUUUAAGCGAAACUGUGGAAAUGAUCUUGAAGAACGACAACCUUGACAUUUCAAACAUUCCGAAUCGACUCACUCAACAAUCAUAUCUACAUUUUAUAUGUUCGGAAUCAGCAGAACGCCCCGCAUUAAUUAAGACUGCGGAAAUGUUGCUCAACUUGGCGGACGAUGUCCAGCUGCUCACCCUCUUUCAGCAAGAUAUUCACGGCCAGACGCCGUUCCAUUUGGCGGGAAAGAACAGAAUGCCCACAAUUCUCAAACUGCUCACUGAAGUUAAUAGUAUCGACAUGGAUAAGACCGAUAACUGUGAGAGGACUCCGUUCCAUUAUGUCGCCAUGAGUUCUUGGCAUCCUGACGGCCAGAAAUGCCUCACCAUCAUAGCUGACUACAUCCAUGACGAAUAUCCGGACACGUUUUGUCAAAUUUACAUGUGCAAGGAUUCCGCCGGAUACAAUGCUUUGCAAUACAUUUGUAAAUAUUGUCCGAAGGACUCGCUAUUCUCUCACCUCUCUAAAAUCCCCUCCUGGCAGCAAUGGUUGGAGGAUUACGCUUCCAUGGAGUUUCUCUAUAAUGAACUCCCCAUUGUGGUCGAGUUUCUCAUGAACAACGCCUUCUCAUACCACAACACGCGUACCCAUACCAAUGACGAACUUUGCUGUGAUUUCGGGGUGAUUUCUUCCAGAGUAAUUUGGGGGUACGGGAAUAACAUUCAGAAAUCGGCAUAUCUCAAAAACGCAAUUUCUGGAUGGGGGUUUGAAACGAGGAAAAUAAUUCUACUCCAUCCCCUCGUCAGGUACUACAUUUAUGGACGGUAUCGUAAACAACGUGUCAUUAUCGGCCUCAUGACACUUUGGCAGGUUAUCUGGUUAAUCGCUUAUUUUUGGUUUGCCAACAAUUUUUGUACCUCUUCUCACCACGCUACGGUCUUCGACAUCGGGACUUACGUCGUUAUUUCGACCCACACAGUAUUUUCUGUCAUCGAUAUUAUCCGCUCAAGUCGACAACAACGGCACUGUUUCAACCACUUUUUCAUAUUCCCAAAUAUCCUCCAACUCCUGCAAAUCCUGUUGACCUUUGCUGCAGGAAUCUUGGCCUUCACUAAUUUUACGGCAAAUUGUGACAUAACAAGAAAUAUUUUGGCAAUUGGAAUUGUUUUGGUUUCCAUCUUGUGCAUGAGACAUACCAGAAAUAUUCACCAAUCCUUCGGCUUGGCAGUGGACAUAUUGAAACAGGUGCUAAUCCAAGUGGUAAUCGUACUGCUUGGCUGCCUCCCCAUCCUGAUCGGAUUCACGGGAGCGUUCAGAAUUAUUUUUCGGCAGAAAACGACCUCGACCCACGAGUCAAUAACGUCCAUCGACUUAUGCAAUGAGACGUACAACUGCACUUCCUUGGAACGCAUAAUGAGCUCCACGAUUCCACUCUCCUUCCUCAAAAUCCUGGUCAUGAUGACCGGCGAGCUCGAAUUUGACCAAGUCUUUGACCGAACACCAAUCCUGUGGUGGGACAAGCUGCUCUACUUUAUGUUCUGCCUCGUCAUCUCGUUCGCAUUUUUCAACCAACUCACGGGCGUGGCGUUGGAUAAAGUUCGGGAACUCACAGAUCGAGCCGAAGUUAGCACAAUAGUCAACCAGAUUGACAUCAUCUAUAGUCAUCAAUAUUCUUACAAGACACUCAACAGACUUUGGAAACGGAUAUACGGCAAAAAGCCAAAAAAUCAAAAUGGACAACAGUGUUAUAAAAACGGACAGCGUGUUGUGGACGUUAAAACGGUUCACAUGCAACGAAUAACGUCGUCUCAACGGAUCAAAGUAUUUUUCUCGGCGCUCUGUGGAACCCCAGAACUUCCGCACACCGUUUACCAAGAAAUGACCAAACUUGCUUUGCAUCGCUCGCAAGUUGUUCAAAAGUCGUGUGUCUGUGCAGGCGUCGAUUACACCAAAAAACGGCUGCUAGAAACUUGUCUAACCUCAAAUCAAGCAGGCUGGACGGCCAAUAACAUGUUGCCGGAUAAAAAUCUUCACAAAAUUGUUGGGAAUAACUAAAUUUAUUAAGCAGAUAAUUUGCGAAUGCUGGAAAUCCAGAUCACUUUGAAUUUAUUUUUACUCAAUAAUUUAUUUUUAAAUGAUGCAUAUAAUAAGCAAUUAAAUAACGGGUAUAAGAACAUA